ACAGGAAACACACACACUCACACAGACACACACACAGACACACACUCUGCUCAGUCAGACAGAGCAGGCGUUUCCAGGAGCGUCUCUUGCAGCCGGAGCUGGAUGUUGUGGACGUUUGGACCUGGCGUGUCUUCACAUGGAGACAUCUGGAGCGGCUGGUGCUCCCGGAUUCUAACCUGUGGCAGUGUGGGAGAGCGGACGUGCAGCACUGGGACCACCCUGGCUCUGCUGCAGAAACCCUGUGUUCGGAAUUCCUCCAGCUGAGAAACUGCUCAUCACCUGUAGCAUCAUGCCGUGCACCUGCUGUGGUUUGACUGGUGUCCACUGUCUGGACUGCGUGUGAGAGACCGGCCGGAGUUCCUGCCUGUUGUGUGUGUGUGCGUGAGUGUGUGCACGUGUGUGUGGAUGUGUGCGUGUCAGGAUGACCGUUCCCAUGUUAAAGAUCGGUGCGGUGCUCAGCACGAUGGCCAUGGUCACUAACUGGAUGUCCCAGACUCUGCCGUCGCUGGUGGGACUCAAUGGAACCGUCGUGUCGCCCGAGGGGACACAUGAGCGCAUCGUCAGUGGCUUGUACCCGGGCUCGGAGGAAGGCUGGCAGGUCUACAGCACGGCCUCGGAUCCCGACGGCCGGUGUGUGUGCACGGUGGUCGCCCCGGCACGAAACCUCUGCAAGCGAGACCCUCGGAGUCGACAGCUCCGCCUGCUGACCGAACAGGUUCAGAAUGUGAGUCAGUCCAUGGAGGUGGUCGACCUGCGGACGUCCAGAGACCUGCAGUACGUCCGAGACUCCGAACCGCUACUGAGAGGAGUGGAUGGACGUUUACACACGUAUGUGGCCAACCCCCGGUCUCUGACGACAAAGGGCUUGCAGGAGUUGAAGGGCCAGAUGUCUCAGCUACUGCCCCUGCUGGCCGUGGUGGAGCAGUACCGAUUGGACCUGCAGACGCUGGCCACGCUGCGAAUGGAGCUCUUCAACCUGUCCAUCAUCCUGACGGCCAUCCAGGAGGAGAUCGGAGCGUACGACUACGAGGAGCUUCAGCAGAGGGUCUUACUGCUGGAAACCAGGCUACACAGCUGCAUGAACAAACUGGGUUGUGGUCGCCUCACUGCAGUUAACGGCCCGAUCACCGUGAGAGCCUCGGGCUCCCGCUUCGGCUCCUGGAUGACUGACGCCAUGAUUCCCAGCUCCGACAGCAGGGUCUGGUCGAUGGACGGUUACUACAAGGGCAGGCGUGUGUUGGAGUACAGGACCAUGGGGGAUUUCACCAAGGGCCAAAACUUUGUGCAGCAUCUGUUGCCGCACCCCUGGGCAGGAACCGGCCACGUGGUCUACAACGGGUCGCUCUACUACAACAAGCACCAGAGCAACAUCCUGGUCCAGUACCACUUCCGCUCCCGCAGCGUGUUGCUCCAGCGCAGCCUGAGCGGAGCCGGGUACAACAACACGUUCCCCUACAGCUGGGGGGGCUCCUCCGACAUCGACCUCAUGGCCGACGAGACGGGACUGUGGGCCGUGUACACCACCAUCCCCAACGCUGGAAACAUAAUGGUGAGUCGUCUGGACCCCCGCUCGCUGGACGUGCUCCACAGCUGGGACACGGGGUUUCCCAAGCGCAGUGCAGGGGAGGCCUUCAUGAUCUGCGGCACGCUGUACGUCACCAACUCCCACCUGGCCGGGGCCAAGGUCCACUUCGCCUACCACACCAACUCCUCCACGUACGAGUACACCGACAUCCCCUUCCACAACCUGUACUCCCACAUCAGCAUGAUGGACUACAACCCCAGAGAGCGGGCGCUGUACACCUGGAACAACGGACACCAGGUCCUGUACAACGUCACGCUGUUUCACGUGAUCCGGAGCGACGGAUAGAUCCACGUGUUCGGUCAAAUAUAGAGAUAUAUCGGAGAGGGAGGUUGAUGACAGGUCUAACUAACAUCACAUAUACACACACACACACACAAACACACUCACAACGGCCGUUCAUAUCAAGAGGAAAAUGAUCUGUGUUUGAAUUUGAAUGCCCUCUAGGCCACGAACGCUUUUCUGAGCUAAUAACGUUACACAAUACACGGUUGUCAAACCCACAGUGGAAAGGUCACAGACGUAUUUAACACGGCGAAGAGGAAGAUGAACUGCCGCUGCUGGAGGACGCUGACGGGGAGGAGGGAGUCCGUCGGUUUGAGCUCAUCCGUGUUCUGUUUUGCGUUUCAUUCUACUCGUGUCUCAAGAUGUGAUUUUCUUGGAAGUUGAGGUCAAAUUGUCGGUGGGGAAAAAAAAUUGAAAGAAAGAAAGAAAAGCUCGGCUCGGGAACUGAAUCCAAACCGGAGUCAAACCUCGAGCGUCGACAGAGGCCCUGAUGGAGAUGUUCUGGGUUUGUGAUGUGAUUGUGGACGUAUUCAGUCUGCAUGGUUGUUCAUUCAAUAAACCUUACUGUCAAACUCGA